CAGGCUCAUGUCUUUACAGUAGGGCUACCGCGUCAUUAUCAUGUCUAUCGCCGUAGAGGAGCAUCUACCGCAUUGAAGACGGUGCUCACGCGGGCUGCCGGUGCUUUAUGACUCAGCGUUCAUAUGGACCAACAAAAAGCAAGCACAUUGCCUUUGCACCUUAAUAAUAGCCUGUAGUUGUAGUAGUAUUACGACAGACGAGAAUUGGUGUUAUUUAUAUUGCAUUUCAAAUUUUGUCAUUAAAAAUAUAUAUUAUUGAAGAAUCAUGGAUCAGUUUCGUGGUUUGUUUGUGAAACUAGACAAGAAUAACGACGGGUCUAUAUCAGUAGAAGAACUUCACAAUGAGAUGAAAAAAACGGGAAUUAUGGCUGCAGAUCAGAAGGCUCAGACUGUCGUUAAUAACUAUGACAGAAACAAGGAUGGACGUCUAGAUUAUGAAGAAUUUCUAAGCUAUAUGAGGGACAGAGAGAAGAAAUGGAGAAUUCAUUUCAUGGCCCUUGACAAGAAUAAAUGCGGGGUCAUUGGCCAGGAGGAAAUCAUAGAUCUAUUUAAGGAGUUAGGAGUGAACAUAUCAAAGCCGAAUGCAAAAAGAAUUAUACAAAUGAUGGAUGGGGACAGUUCUAUGACCGUGGACUGGGGAGAGUUCCUGCAGCAUGUCAUCCUCAACCCUGCAGAGAACCUGGGAGAACUGGUCACUUCAUGGAAACACACUCUGGUGUUUGAUGUGGGUGAGAGCCGGACCAUGCCCCUGGAGCUGCCCCCGGACCUGUCAGCAGGCUCAGGGGAAUGGAGGAGUUUCGUCCUGGCUGCAGGACUGGCCGACGCCGUGUCCAGAACCCUGACUGCUCCUAUCGACCGCCUCAAGACACAACUACAGGUGUACGGAUCCAAGGCGUCCGCCCAGGGAUUCAGAGAGCUGAAGGCCGGUGGUGUGAGGUCUAUGUGGCAGGGGAACGUUGUGAACGUGCUGAAGGGAACCCCUCAGUCAACUCUACAGUGUCUCAUCUACGCUCAGAUGAGGGUGUACACCCAGGGCUGGCAGCAGGAGAGCCUGUCAGUACAGCAGAGGUUUGGGCUGGGCUGUGUAUCUGGGGCGGUGGCUCAUGCUGUCUUCUACCCUCUAGAGGUGCUAAAGGUGAGACUGAACCUAUGGGCAGGUACCUACAGCGGGGUGGUGCAGUGUGCCCGCUCCAUCUACAGGAAUGAGUCUGCCGCAUCCUUCUACAGGGGCUUCAGACCAAGUAUCCUCUGUAUGAUUCCCUACGCUGGGGUGGAGUGUGCCGUUCACCAGGUCAGACAGCCUAACACUCUAUCACAUCUGUAUGUCCAUAACAGGCUAUUCUUACUUCCUUGUCUUACAGCUUUCAGUUCAACUUCACCCACAACAUUUCUUCAGGGGUUCACAGGCAUCUAUGAGAGACAUGGACUACGAGGAUACUACAAUGGGAUGGGGACCAGUUUCAUCCGGGCGAUUCCAUGUGCUCUGUUAAACUACACCCUGAUGAAGAAACUAGACGCAAUGUUUUCCUGAUUUCAGAGUCAUAGUCAAUUAUAAUUUGUUGUAUGUUUUUGUGACUGAUUUUAUGUAAUACUCUGUACACAACAACAACCUUCAAACUUGACGCCGUUGUCCAUAAACUGUCCCAAAAUACUUCAAAUCGCAAUGAACUACCAAAUAGAACUAACAAAUAUACUACCAAAGGACUGUUAUUGGAGGGCUGAUUGCGGCCCAAUCUCCAGCCUGACCAAUCCUUCGUUGACCCCUUCAUUGUCAUUAAAUCAGUGUGAAGUAUC